AUGGCUGAGCUCACUUGCCUCUCCCAGUCGUCCCCGCUUGCUCUCCGACUUCGCACCGCCGCCAUCCCCUCGUCGCACUCGCCUCUGAGACGAGCCACGCCCAAGCCAUUCGUCGCAGCCGCGGCGAGCAAUCAAGAUGCUGCACCGUCCGCCAUUCCCGCCGUGAUUCCCGCUACAGCCGUGACACCAGUCACCCGCCGCGCGGUUGUAGCGCUCCCGGCAAUGGCUGCUCUCGCCGCCUCUCUCGCCGCCGGCCCAGCGAAUGCAAUCAUUCCCACCACCGCCGUCGCCGGUCGCGUUCCAGGGCUCUCCGAACCCGACGAAGACGGCUGGCGCACGUACAAGCGGCCGGCGAGCAAAUCCGGCGGGCACGGCGUGGGAUGGAGCGAGCUCAUCCCGUACAGCUUCACCGUGCCUGACACCUGGGAGGAGACGCCCGUGUCGAUUGCGGAUCUGGGCGGCACGGAGAUCGACCUGCGAUUCGCGAGCAAGCAGCAGGGCAAGCUGUUCAUCGUCGUCGCGCCCGUGCUGCGAUUCGCCGACGGGCUGGGCGACGACGUGCAAAUCGAGAGCGUGGGCGACCCGGAGCGCGUGAUCACAGCCUUCGGCCCGGAAAUCACGGGCGAGAACGUGGAGGGGCGCGUGAACAGCACAAAGGUGGUGUCGAAGGGCGGCCGGACGUACUAUGAGUAUGACGUGGAUCCGCAUAUUCUCGUGUCUGCCACUGCUGCUGGGAAUCGCAUGUACAUCAUGGGCGUUUCCGCGUCUGGCCGGCAAUGGAAGAAAUACUCGAGUGACAUCAAGCAAAUCCUUUCCUCCUUCCGCGUUGGAUAG